CACGCGGGUCACAAGGCAACCGUUACCGCGCCGCGUCCGAUACCCCGUUGCGUUAAACGCCUCGCCUUUAGACGCAAUGCGGCGUUUUUCUCGAACGGCCCGAAGGCUGUCCAGAGAGCUUUUCAAACAGGAAAAUCGUUUUCCGAGCAAGUCCCGUUUGAGCGCUCCUUACAACCUGAAACUUCAAGAUAGCAGCGCGUCUUCCCUGUCACGCGAACAUUUCCAUUCCAGAGGAUUUGCUGCUGCGGUUGAUCCCCCAUCUGCUGAAGGAAGAGUCACCCAGGUAAUAGGCGCUGUUGUCGACGUCCAAUUUGACGGUGAUCUUCCGCCGAUUAUGAGCGCUCUCGAAGUGGACGGUCACGAAAUUCGACUGGUGCUCGAGGUAGCCCAGCAUCUUGGAGAGAAUACCGUGAGAACGAUUGCAAUGGACACGACUGAAGGUCUUGUACGCGGCCAAGGCGUCCUAAACACCGGAAAUCCCAUUCAGGUUCCGGUUGGCCGCGCUACUCUUGGUCGAAUUAUGAAUGUAAUUGGUGAGCCCAUUGACGAAUGCGGGCCAAUUGAAACCGCGUCGUCGCUGGCAAUCCACCGCGAAGCACCACCUUUCGUGGAUCAAAGUACCGAAAUGGAGAUGCUCGUUACGGGCAUUAAGGUAGUUGACCUGCUAGCCCCGUACCAGAAAGGUGGUAAAAUUGGUCUGUUCGGGGGUGCAGGGGUCGGGAAGACUGUUUUUAUCAUGGAGCUUAUCAAUAAUAUUGCGAAGGGUCACGGCGGGUUUUCUGUCUUUGCUGGAGUUGGUGAGCGCACACGCGAAGGGAAUGAUCUUUACCACGAAAUGAUUGAAGGUGGCGUAAUUAAACUUGGCGCUCAAGCAAGUGAUUCGAAGUGCACUUUAGUGUAUGGUCAAAUGAACGAGCCACCCGGUGCCCGUGCCCGCGUUGGCCUCACAGGGCUCACGGUCGCAGAGUAUUUCCGUGACUUUGAAGGCCAAGAUGUCCUCCUGUUCGUUGACAACAUCUUCAGAUUUACACAGGCAAACUCCGAGGUAUCAGCACUACUUGGGCGUAUUCCGUCUGCUGUUGGCUAUCAACCUACUCUGGCAACCGAUCUUGGUGGCCUACAAGAGCGCAUUACCACCACCAUGAAAGGUUCGAUCACUUCCGUGCAGGCUAUCUAUGUGCCCGCGGAUGACUUGACGGAUCCCGCACCUGCGACAACGUUUGCCCACCUUGACGCCACAACAGUCUUAUCUCGUGGAAUUGCUGAACUUGGCAUCUAUCCUGCAGUUGACCCCCUUGACUCGACUUCACGCAUGCUCUCUCCACUUGCACUUGGAGAUGAGCACUACGCUACUGCACGUGGUGUUCAAAAAGUUUUACAAGAUUAUAAAAAUUUACAGGAUAUCAUUGCGAUUCUCGGCAUGGAUGAACUAUCAGAAGAAGACAAAAUGACAGUUUCCCGUGCUCGUAAGGUCCAACGUUUUCUGUCGCAACCUUUUCAUGUGGCAGAGGUGUUCACUGGAACCCCGGGAAAGUAUGUUGACCUUAAAGAUACCAUCUCUGGCUUCAAAGGUCUCCUAGGUGGUCAGUAUGAUGAUCUCCCUGAAAUGGCCUUCUACAUGGUAGGUGAUAUCAAUGAAGUUAUAACUAAGGCCGAUGAGCUCGCGAAGCAGGUUUCGUAAGUAUUUGUUCCAGAGGUCCUCAAAUGUGUGUAAACAGAACAUUAGUGCGUUUAACGUGCAGAUCCUUCCUAGAUGUAUUUCAAUUCAUAUAUUCUGGUUCGUAGAUCGGAUCGUGCAGAAGUUCCUCAACACCUUCUAUGUAGACUGUGCAACAGCCGUAGAGUACAUCUUUUCUGUAACAGGUUCACCUAGAGAAAAACCAUACUUUUGUGCGAAGAAUCAACAGGAUACACAAAAUCAAUCUCAUUUGUAUUAAUGAGCUGAAAAUAUAUGCCGUGAGCUUUCGUCUACAGUACACAAAAGUGACCACUCCGUCUGUCAGUAGCAGCACAGAGAUACAAAACAAAGCAAGUCACUGUAAAAAUAUUUCCCUUGCUCGAAACAGGACGACAGAAACAUAGCUUCAACUUCUCUCAAAAUUUCUUACGUAGGGGACUCAAAACGGACAGGAUUUGUCAGGGUCGUCCGAUUGUGACUCGAUCCAUGUGUCCAGUGACACAACACCAGAGGGCCUGAAACUUGGAAGCUCUGAGCCAGUGACACAACCAGCUUUCCCCCUCAAAGGAUCCCCAGGAACCUGUGGUGUUAAGAAGUCUGGUAUAUCAUCGUCUUCAAUAAUUUGUUGCAGAGCACUGUACUGGUCGGAGCCAGCUUGAAAUAUUUUUAUUUUGCUUUGGGUAUGAGGUGCGAGAAUGGGUUUAAUAGCUGCCCAUAUGUAAUCGAACACAGAAGGAGUGUUAAGCACAUAAAUAGCUUUAGAUAGCUCUGGAUAAUUGUAGGCUGCAACUGAGUUAAUUGUCUUGAACACAUACAAACAGCGCAAGGCAGACAUGCCGACGCCGUCAAGGUCGACAAGGACAACCUGUUUAUCCAAAAUUUCCAUAUUGUCUGUGAUAUCUAUAGUUGUUUCACUGUCCAAAUCCUCGUGAGACAAUCUUUCAAGUUUCGGGGUUGUUACACCUGCAGAACUACCCUUCGUUAAAUUCUGUAAGAGACCUCUUUUAUGGGCAUCAGGUAUGAUGGACCUCGUGAGAUGUUCGCCGCGAAUUAUUGAGCUAUACACGUGACAUUCCUCUGCGGUGCUCGCUGCGAGACUGCCGUCACCCUGACCAAGUCUUAGCACAUAAACAGGGAAGCCCUGUUUUGAAUAGCAGUGGAAUGGUGUGGACGGAAUUAUCUUUCGGCUGUCACUCAGCAAAUCCCAUCGCGGUUUGGCCUUCAAAAUGCUGUCGACCCCUACUACAUCACCUACACUUACUGUCUGACGCCAGUGCAAAGUAUCCCGGAGCAUUUUUUCUGCCUCGUCUACUUUGUAUUUGCGUGCAACAAGGAAGCGGCGAGCCGUGGCUUUACGAUUUCCACACGGGCACAUGCUGAGAGGAAUUCCCUCGCCUUCCGAGCCAAAGCGGGAGUAGAGUUCAUCUACUACCUCCCUCCAGUUUUCGGGGUGAGGAAACUCAUGAAAUAUGCUGCGCUCAAAAAAACUUGUCGUCAAAGAAUAGUGUCGAUGCCGAGUGAAGAAAAACUAGCCCAAACAAAGCGAGGAGCUGCUGGAUGGCGGAACUUCAUGAAUGUUAUUGGCUCCAAACCAGUUGGAAAACAUACGAUCGGA